GAUUCAAGAGUGGUAAUAUUCCUAGCGUUGCAUUCUCAUUCAGGGGUCUAUACCCGUAUCCUUAGUUCAACACAGAUCCCACCCCCCGGCAAUGGAAGACUUCUCCCAGUCGCGAGGGGACGACGACCUUUUCGACGACGAGAUCAUUCCCUUUGAAGCCCCUCCCUCCCCGAAACCUGCUGUUGCUCAACCAACAAGCCAAUCUCAACCCCAGCCAUCACAACCUCCUCCUCCGCGAGAAUCGAUACCAGCUACCUCUGCCCCUACCUCGCGCCCAGUGAACGAGUCGUCACUUCCUGGAUUCCGCAAUAAGAACAACCACGGUGGUCGAGAUGCCCCUCCACAGUCGGGAAGAGGAGGGGCAACCAGUAAAACAAGGGGGUUGAUGGACUCGAGAUGGGCCACCAACAGUACGAAAUCUACUCAGCAGCAGUCUACUCCGUCAUCCAAAGAAAAAGAGGUCCCACCUCAGCCACCAACAGAACCACAGCAGCCAGUCGUAGGAGAGGAGGAGACCACCACCACCCCCUCCGCCGGCCAGAACCCUCCAACUACCACCACAACCACCACCGAGCCGUCCACUCAAGAUCCAGCACAGAAACCGCGCCCUCCCGCAGUCAGAGGGGAUCGAACUGCCACAGGCGGGGUGCGAAAACCGAAACUCACCGAAGAACAACUGACCGCACGCCUGGCCGAGGCUAAAGAGCGGUCGGAAUCACGCGCCGCGGCGCACGCCAGAGCUCAAGCCGAUGCAGCAAGUUUUCAGGAACGUGAGCGGCUAGCAGAAGAGAAGAGAGCUCACGAACGCGCGGAGAGAAAAGUCAUGGACAAUGAGCGUGAAAAGCACCGACAAAGGAAAAUGGCCGUCAUGGGCGGAAGAGAGUGGGAUGCAGGCAAGAAUGAAGAGGAUUUCCGCGAGAGUGGAAGAGGUGGAGGACGAAGAGGGUUCAAGGAUGGAUUUACGCCACAGCAACAAUUUGACAGUGAGAGGGAUGACUUACGGCAGUAUGAGUGGAAUGAUGACCGUGGAAGGGGUCAAGGGAGAGGACGCGGGAGAGGGAGAGGCGGUAGAGGAGUAGGAGGAGGAGGAGGGCGAGGUGGAGGUGGGCGAGGAGGAGGAAGAGGGGGAUUUGGUCAGGAUGAUACUCCAUUUCAGAACCGUCCCGAUGUUUCUGCCGACACUGAAUUUCCUGCCUUGCCGGGUUCUGGCUCUGGUUCCUCUCAACCUCGAGUCGCGAAAGAGACUCCUGCCACUGCCACCAAGGAUACGCCUAACCCGAGACGAUGGGCCACUGAUGGUCUGCAAUCACCAGGAGAGGGUGGUGGAGGCGGAAGCUGGGCCGAACAAGUCGAAUCGAGCGAAGCUGCUGCGAGUGUGCAGAGUUGACCAAGUUCCAGGCUAUGUGUGCGUACGGUAAUGGUGACGCAGGCAGAUUUGUGUGUGACUGAUAUUGCAUUCUGUCCUCGCGUUGGAGCGACGUCUUGUCGAGGAUCUUCAAUCAAAGCAUAGCAUGUGGACUUUUGGAUUUUAACGCGGCAUUGGAUGGUUAUUUGUUUUUGACAAAGGACAUGGGAAAAAGAAGCACAUACAUAUGCAUAUCAGUACAUGACAUGACGAGCAUCAUGGUCCAUCGAGACCAUCCGCAAUGGGAAUGACAAUAAUGAACCGAUUA